UUUUCUUACUUGGAGACCACGUUUGGUUUGCAGUCUUAUUGAAAAAAAUGAAAAUAAAAUUCCGACUCCAAGACUGUAUAAACCCAGGGCUCAAACCGUUACCCCCUCCUGCCGCAACUAACACCCGCCAUCAUCAUUCUGUCUCGAUGGCCAAGCGUAAGCCUUCCAAAUGUCCACCCCAGACCCAAACACAAACCCAAACCCAAACCCAAUCACCCACCACAAUAUCCCCGAUCAGCCCCUCCAUUUCCUCAAAAAUUCCAUUCCCAUCCCGAAAAAUCCGAAAACUCUCUUCCAUAGCCUCCGGUGACAAAGUUCCCCUUUUGAACACCCUCAAAUCCUCAAUCGACGACACCAUUGAUGAAAACCCAUCACGGCCCUCCUCUUCUUUGAUCAAAACCCUCAAACCGUUGACUUCCGACGGGGAAAUCGAAGUCGCUCUCUCCCAUUUACGUAGCUCCGACCCACUCCUCGGGACCCUCAUCGAUGCCUAUCGCCCUCCGGCAUUCGAUUCCGAUCGUUCGCCUUUCCUAGCUCUCGCUAAAAGCAUUCUCUACCAGCAGCUCGCUUACAAAGCCGCUAAAUCUAUCUACACCCGCUUCGUCUCGCUCUGCGGAGGCGAGGAUUUGGUCCUACCUGACGCCGUUCUUUCGUUAUCGGUGCAACAGCUCCGGGAUAUCGGAGUCUCUGGACGGAAAGCGAGUUACCUUCACGACCUCUCAAGCAAAUACAAAAAUGGGACUUUAUCGGAUUCCUCAAUCCUUGACAUGGACGAUGAUACUCUGUCUACUAUGCUCACCAUGGUUAAAGGAAUUGGGGCUUGGUCGGUGCACAUGUUCAUGAUAUUCUCGCUUCAUAGGCCCGACGUACUUCCGGUCGGCGAUCUCGGUGUGAGGAAAGGUGUGCGGCUCUUGUACGGCCUGAAAGAGUUGCCUAGGCCAUUGGAAAUGGAGGACUUAUGUGGAAAAUGGAAACCUUAUAGGUCCGUUGGUUCUUGGUAUAUGUGGAGGCUUAUGGAAGCCAAAGGAGUAGUACCAAAGGAGCAGCAAUAAUAGAGACAAAUUGAAGUUUUUCGGAACUUAAAUUUGGAUUAGUUUCUUUCUUUCUUACAGCAAUAGCAUGCUGCUAGGCCCAAUCAAUUGCAAUUGGAAGACCUCAUGACAAAGAUCUGUAGGAUUCAAGCACUGCAGACAGGAACUUAAAUAAUACUGCAGCUAAUUUUUCCUUUCAUAAUUGCUCAUUCUAAGUUAAUCUGUAAUGAAAAAUUUUAAAUGCAAGAGGUUCGUCUAGGUUCAGUUUGAUGUAGACAUGACCUUAAUUUCGAACAUCCAAAUCUAAACAUUUAUAAUAUCCUGUUGCGUUUACUUCUA